UGGAACAUCUCAGACUUCCCAAAGCAAACCAAAAACAAUCCCGGCUGCGCCCCCUUCGUCUUCUUCUCCGCUAGCAGACGUGCCCCAACCCCCGGGACUUGCCCUUACCUUCACUCGUCUGUGGACUUGUUUUUGCUGUGGGGGGAGUUUGUCGGCUGGAUUUGAAGCACCCACCCAGAGAAGAUGUCCGGGUGUGAAACGGGCCCCGGAGAAAGCGUGCCUUGCUUGGAACAAGUAGAGGCCAGCAGCGGCUUGUAGCAGCAGUUAGCUCCGCCAGCUAGCGUUAGCAUGCUAGCGUCACAGGUGUCUUCUUAACGCAGUAAAUAAGCAAACGUGUAGCUCCGCUUACUGGGCAGCGGGUUUCUCCCCUCAGUGGCAAAACUUUAUUUCGACUAUAUGUGCCUAGAAUAAUUGUCUUUCAUAGCUCAUUAGCCACUUUGUUAUUAGCCAUUAGCUUUCUAGUGUUUACUCCUAGCCUCGUUAGCCGCCAAACUAGCGAGCUGACUACGAGCUCCAUGUGCUGUUCAUUCCCAAUGUAGCAAAUUUCCCCCUAUUUUUUGUAACACUCCGGGCUAGCACCGUAACGCACCACACUAGCCAGCCUGGACCUUCCCUGUCGUGCCUGCCCUGGACUGACCCACCCACAAACGGAGCUAACUAUCCGCCGGGGCCGAUGCUGACAGUUCAGGCCGGAGCACGGCAACGCCAGGAGCCGCCACCCCCGCCGCGAUGCAACCCCAGCAGAUCUAUGACUUUUCCAGUGACGAGAACAGUCACAAGUGGAGAGGCCUUUUUGUACAGGCUCUACGUAAGGUGCAGAAGCAGGUCCACCCAAACCUCCUGGCGAAGGAGGACGCCCUCCAGCACAUUGAGGAGCUGAUCCUGCAGCUGCUCAACAUGCUGUGUGUGGCGCAGCCUCGCUCGGUGCAGGACGUGGAGGAGCGAGUCCAGAAGACCUUCCCCCACCCUAUAGACAAGUGGGCCAUCGCCGACGCUCAGUCGGCCAUUGAGAAACGAAAGAGGAGGAAUCCCUUACUUCUCCCUGUGGACAAAAUACACCCGCUGCUUAAGGAGGUUCUGGGCUACAGAGUGGACUACCACGUGUCUUUGUACAUUGUGGCCGUUCUUGAGUACAUAUCGGCAGACAUUUUGAAACUGGCGGGCAACUACGUGGGCAAUAUUCGGCACUACGAGAUCAGCCAGCAGGACAUUAAAGUGUCCAUGUGUGCAGACAAGGUGUUGAUGGACAUGUUCGACCAGGAGGAGGACAUCGGCUUGAUGUCGCAGUGCACCGACGAGCCCUCGUCUUCGGGUGAGUUGACAUACGACGACCUGGUGAGGCUGGAGAUUGCCGAGGAGCGCCAGUACCUGCGGGAGCUGGACCUCAUCAUCAAGGUGUUCCGCCACCACUUCCUGUCCAACUCCAAGAUCUUCACGCCUCAGGAUGUGGAGGUGAUCUUCAGUAACAUCCUCGACAUCCACGAGCUGACCGUGAAGCUGCUGGGCCUGAUCGAGGAUGCCGUGGAGAUGACGGCUGACGGCAGCCCGCACCCGCUGGUGGGCAGCUGCUUCGAGGACCUUGCUGAGGAGCAGGCGUUCGACCCCUACGAGACACUGUCCCAGGACAUCCUCAGCAGGGACUUCCACGAGCACUUCAACAGCCUGAUGGCCCGACCCACCGCGGGCCUCUACUUCCAGUCUGUAGCAGAAGGCUUCAAAGAGGCCGUCCAGUACAUCCUUCCGCAGCUUAUGAUGGUGCCUGUGUACCACUGCAUGCACUACUUUGAACUCCUGCAGCAACUCCAGGAGCGCAGUGAGGACCAGGACGACAGGGAAUGUCUCAAGCAGGCCAUCACGGCACUGCUCAACCUGCAGUGCAGCGUGGAGCGCAUUUAUGCCAAACAGCAACCUCGGCGAAAACCCGGUGAGCCCAUGUACCGCCUGUACAGCCGGCAGGUCCGUAGCAAACAGCUGGCCAUCAAGCGCAUGAACGAGAUCCAGAAGAGCAUUGACGGCUGGGAAGGCAAGGACAUCGGCCAGUGCUGCAGCGAGUUCAUCCUGGAGGGCCCGCUCCUGCGAACCGGCGCCAAGCACGAGCGGCACAACUUCCUCUUUGACGGCCUUAUGAUCAGCUGCAAGGCCAACCAGAGCUCCCGGCUGCCGGGCUCGGGCAGUGGCGCCGAGUACCGCCUGAAGGAGAAGUUUGUGCUCAGGAAGGUCCGCAUCGUGGACCGCGAGGAUUCGGCCGAGCUCCGGCACACUUUUGAACUGAUCGGCAAAGAUGAGAACUGCGCCGUGUUCUGCGCACGCACCGCCGAGGAGAAGGCGGCUUGGAUGGCGGCGCUGGUGACCCUCCAGUACCGCUCCACGCUGGACCGCAUGUUGGACACCAUGCUGCAGCACGAGGAGCGAGCGCACCCGCUCAGGCUGCCCUCGCCCGAGGUGUACCGCUUUGCCGUGCAGGACUCUGAGGAGAAUAUCGUCUUUGAGGACAAAGUGCAGAGCAAAACGGGGAUCCCCAUCAUCAAGGCGGGCACGGUGGGAAAACUCAUCGAGAGACUCACCUACCACAUGUAUGCUGAUCCAAACUUUGUGCGCACCUUUCUGACCACGUAUCGAUCCUUCUGCAAACCGCAGGAGCUACUCACGCUGCUGAUUGACAGGAUCGAGAUCCCCGAGCCAGAGCCCACCGAGGAAGACCGACGGGCUCUCUGGAACGGUGACCAGCCCAUGGCGGCCGAGCUCCAGCGGUUUCGGAAGGAAUAUGUGCAGCCGGUGCAGCUCAGGGUCCUCAAUGUUUUCCGCCAGUGGGUGGAGCAUCAUUUCUACGACUUUGAAAACGAUCCCGAGUUGAGAAGCCGACUAGAAGAGUACAUCACAAGCAAGAUCCAGCUGCGAGGCAAGUCCAUGAGAAAGUGGGUGGAGUCCAUCAACAAGAUCAUCAAGCGCAAGCUGCAGACGCAGUCUAACGGCAUCAGUCACAACAUCACCUUUGAGAGCCCGCCCCCGCCCAUCGAGUGGCACAUCUGCCGAGCCGGCCAGGUGGACUCCUUCGACCUCAUGACCCUCCAUCCCAUUGAGAUUGCGCGCCAGCUGACUCUGCUUGAGUCAGAGCUCUACAGAGCUGUGCGGCCGUCGGAGCUGGUCGGCAGCGUCUGGACCAAAGAGGACAAAGAGAAGAACUCGCCGAACUUGCUCCGAAUGAUCCGACACACCACCAACCUCACGCUGUGGUUUGAGAAGUGUAUCGUGGAGACCAUGAACCUGGAGGAGCGAGUGGCAGUGUUGACACGGGUCAUCGAGAUUCUACAAGUCUUUCAGGAGCUCAACAACUUCAAUGGUGUGCUGGAGGUGGUCAGUGCCAUCAACUCUGUCCCUGUCUACAGACUGGACCACACCUUUGAGGCAAUACCGGAAAGGAAGAAGAAAAUCCUGGAGGACGCUGUGGAACUGAGUCAAGACCAUUUCAAGAAGUACUUAGCCAAGCUAAAGUCCAUAAACCCGCCCUGCGUGCCUUUCUUUGGUAUCUACCUGACCAACAUCCUGAAGACGGAGGAAGGCAACCCGGACUUCUUGAAGCGCCACGGCAAGGAGCUGAUCAACUUCAGCAAGAGGAGGAAAGUGGCCGAAAUCACAGGCGAGAUCCAGCAGUACCAGAACCAGCCCUACUGCCUUAAAGUGGAGCACGACAUACGGAGGUUCUUCGAGAAUUUGAACCCAAUGGGAAGCAGGAGUGAGAAGGAGUUUGCCGACUACUUGUUCAACACGUCCAUGGACAUCGAGCCCAGGAACUGCAGACAACCGCCUCGCUUUCCCAGGAAGACCGCCUACACGCUGAAAUCGCCUGGCCUCCGCCCUGUGCGAACGUCUACCUCUGGCACCCUGAAGGGCCACCCGGUGCCCCUGGAGCGGGAGCCGCCCCACAAGAUCACCUUCCGGAGUAUCGCCGAGACUGAGCCGCCCGAGACGCCGGCGUCGGCCUCAGUGCCCACCUCCCCGAACACGCCCACCCCGCCACAGUCGGCGUCCUCCGACCUCAGCUCGGUCUUCAUGGAGCACGACCUCAGCAGCUCCUAUGGCGGUGCGUUCAGGGCCGUGUGGAAGGUUUUUAAAAGUGAAGCAAGACAACCUGACCUCUUGCUUUCAACUUUUGCAGGUUCCAACUCCAUUUUUGCUCCCGUUCUCCUGCCGCCUUCAAAGUUCCAGUCUGUGUCCUGCGGAAGCCUGCACCAGCUCGGAGAGGAGCUGCUGAAGCCGCCCCCCCUACCGCCACGAAGGAAAGACACCAUGUCUGAAGCCAAACUCAGCCCCAGGUCCGACAGCCCCCCAGCCAUCCCUCCCCGGCUGCCCCCGCCGCUUCCCAGGAACCAACCUCGGACACCGGCUUACAACGGCCCCCUGGACGGCCCCCUACCCAGCCCUCCGCCGCCGCCACCUCGUGACCCUCUUCCCGAUACGCCACCGCCUGUUCCCCAGCGGCCCCCGGAGAUCUUCAUCAACUACCCCCUCAAUCUACAGCCCUCUCCUGUGGGGCGCUACCACUGGGACUUUGGCAGCUCCCCCACCUCGCCCAACACGCCGCCCAGCACACCGUCACCCCGUGUCCCACGGCGGGUCUGCGCGCUCAGCGCCAGCCAAAACAGCCUGUGGCCGCUGCCGGCCCCCAUCGUCGCCGCCGCCGCUGCACCGCCCGUGCCCCCGCGCCACAACUCCAGCCCGCAGCUCCCAAAGCUGCCGCCAAAGACAUACAAGCGGGAGCUGCUGCAAGCGCCUCUGCAGGGCCUCUCCUUGGUGGAGAACAGCGACAGCAGCCAAUGAGGUGAGCCGCCAGUGCUACUGAUCACAUUUAAUUCCGCCUCUGCAGCCACGCCUUCCCCUACUCGCCGUGAAUCUCAGGGGAUCAGUAGCUCCGCAUUCUCCACAAACCCUUUGUGCCAAUGAGACGCCGGCGUGCCCGCUCAUAAGGAGCGCCAGGACCUUUUGUUUGUUUGGUGGUUUAUUUGGGGCGGGACCAAAAAAAAAAAGUUCUCACUCUAGCCCUUCCCACCUCAGGUGCAGGGGGGUGGGGCCUCGGACUUUGUAGCUUCAACUGUUACUCUCCGCCAUGCCAUCCGCUCCACUGAGAGCGGCGGCUGGAGCAGACUUCCUUUUCACUGAAAGGUUGCCAAAGUCUUAUUUUAUGCGGGGGAGAAAAGGGAUUCCAUUUAUUUUUUUUAAAGUGACAUUAAGACCCCGCCCACAUUCUACACCUUUCUCCAACUCUACACUGUGACUGUUUAGAAGCGAGCUGCUUUCACGUUGCCUUUACGAAUCCAACAGCGGUCGCCUCCGCACGGGGAUCGCCAGUCCGCCAUUUGCACAUCGAGCUGGGGGGAGUGGGGGGCAAGGUUAAGAUCCCUUGAAGGGCGUCAGCCACGAUGUCAAACAGCGGUGACACGUCGGCGGGUUGGGGUCGGCAAAGCGGGCAGUAGCGCCAAAUAUCUACCAGAAAAGCAAAGGAGCUUUUUUUUCCCUAACCUUUUCUCUUUUUUUUUGUUUUGCUUUUGGAAAGACUGAAAGUAAGAGGGGAAAAAAAGCCACCAAUUGCGCUCGGAUGUGCCUUUUUAUUUUAUUUUUUUCUACUUUACAGUCAAAGCAAAAAGUGUCUAAUAAUAUGCUAAAAUGAAAAACAAGUUGCCUCUGUAACGUUUAGAACAAAGCUAUACACCAUCAAAGUGUACACGUUUGUGGAUACUGUGUAUGUAUAUAUGUCAUAUAUACAUAGACCAUGUAUGCACUUACUAAGUCAUUUCUAUAAAGUGACUUCUGCAUUCAACCCUCAUCGGCAUCUGUUGAGUCCAGUAACGCCUAAUAAUAAUCCGUGACGCUGCAGUUGGAUGAAAACAAACAAAAAAAAACACAACCACGUACACACAAAGCCAUUUUGCUUUCCUCCUCGUUAGCCAAGCGACGGCGGGCACUUACGGGACGUGUCCUUCAGCUUCAUCGCUCACUUAAGACUUUUUCUUUAUUUUUGGGGAGAAACACACCCGUGCACUUUAGGCCGUCCUGUUGAGGAGCCGCCACUGUUGUGGAGUUUUUCUCGCUCUUCUCCCGCUUGCCACAACAGCGCCCUGCUUCUCUCCUUUAUUUUCUGCUCCUUUUUUUUUGUCUUUUCCCUUUCUCGUUUGGGUCUUUGCCAGCAGACCAGUCAGUAUUUGCGAGGUGGCCACCUUUGCUUCUUGGCGCCCCUGGACGCUACGUGGCCUUUUAACUGCUUUGUAUUCAUUCAUGGUCUUAUGACUAAUAAAUCACAGUCUUAUUUUCUACUUGGAACACUUGCUGCUCUUGUUUCCAUGUAAGCUAGUGAGACGCUUUCGCUGUCGUGACUUUCACAAGUACAGCAGAUCCCCCGCUAUUCCUGACCUCACCCAGUGAGUGGCAAAAUUGUAUUUAUUUUUUCUAUAAUGAUAAUUUAACAAGAGUACCAUCAUAAUAUGAUAUAUAUUGUCAUAUAACAUCAUUUUAGUGGCAUAGCGCUGAAAUAUUUUAAAAUGUGUGCAUUUUUUAAGUUGUAAUAUGAGAAACAAACCAAACAAAAUAAAGUUUUCAGUUUUGGAAAACCCGGUUGCGGAAAAAGUUUUAAUGUUAUAAGAAUGAAGUCAAAAUAUUAUGGAAUAAAUUCAAAUUUAUAAGAAGGAACUUGAGCUAUGGAAAAAAAAUACAGCUGUGUUUAUGAGAAUAAAGUUAAAAUAAAUUCUAGAAAACAGUCGUAUUCGGGGACAAAAUGUUUGCAAUUUUUAUGAGCAUAUGACAGAAAAAAAACUCCACCCAUCUACUGUUUAUCUGAGGUCGGGUCGCCUAAGCAGGGAAGCCCAGACUUUGGAUCCCAGGGCAUUUCCUGGCCAGUUGAGAGACAUAGUCUCUCCAGUGUGUCCUUGGUCUUCCCCGAGACCUUCUGCCCUGAACACCUCCCCACGGAGGCGUCCGGGAGGCAUCCUGACCAGGUGCCCGAGCCACCUCAUCUUCAAUGCGGAGGAGCGGCGCUUCUACAAGUACUCGAGCCUCUCCUUCUCUCCUUAUCUCUCAGGGAGAGCUCAGCCACCAUACGGAGAAAACUCAUUUCGGCUGCUUGUACCCGCCAACUUGUCCUUUCGGUCACUAUAGAGUUGAAAUAUGGAAGAAAAAAAAUAUUUUUUUUGAAGGUCGUAAUACGAGAAACAAAACAAAAGAAAGUUGCCAUUUUUGGAAAAUUAAGGUGCGGGAAAAAGUUCAAAUGUUAUGAGAAUAAAGUCAAAAUAUUAUGGAAUAAAGUCAUAAUUAUGAGAAGACCAUUUACAAGAAGGUAGUUGAGAUAGUUGGAAAAUUAAAAAGAAACAGCCGAAAUGACAAAAGCAGCAAUUUUAUGAGAAUAAAGUCAAAAUAUUAAGAGAAAAAAGUUGUAUUCUAACACGGGGAAAAGAGUAGCAAUUUUAUGAAUGAGCAUAAACUCGUAAGUCGAGUGAAGUCGAUACUAAACCUGUAUGACAAAGAUGCAGUUUUUUUGUUGAUAUAUAUAUAUAUAUAUAUCACUUCUAUGCAUUUUUUUUUAACAAAAUAUCAAAGACCAAGUUGCAUCCUUUCAUUUUUCACUAUGUGGCCCUGGCUGGAAAAUCCUUUGGACACCUCUGCCCUGUAAUGGAAAUUCUAACUGUUGUACACAUUCCAGGCCGACACAACGUACAACAUCAGCUCUUGUCCAAACAUCUUCCUGCUGGAAAAUGUUGAUUGACUUGUGAGACAGCCCCCUCAGCUGGAUUCAUAGCAGCAGCUCUGUUUUUCCCCCCUGCAGAUAGCGCCCUCAAACCACUUUCUAUGUCAGUUAGCAUGAAAAAACCCCGAUAAUUAUUUAUCAUUUAACGCAGAGAAAACAAAUACGUGACUGUGUGACUAUAGGCGGGAGAUCUACUGCAGCCUGCACCCCGGAGUGUCUGUUUACUCAACUGCAGAGAGGACAAGGCAUAUAUUGAAUAUACUUUGAAAAGCCAUAUAAAAAAAUAUAUAUCUACAGUAUAUACAGUAUAUAUAAUAUAUCUAUACAAUGUAUUUUUAAAAUAUAUUUCUCAACAUGAAUAUUAACUAAAACAUUAUAGAUUACAAUACACGAUGUCAUAACAACACUUAUAAUAUCAAAUUUUGCUGCUUCAGUCGCCCGGUUUUCAAAAUUGUGGUCAAAUAUUAUGUACAUUUAAGCAAUUGUUGCAGAUUUUCUUUUUGCCAAAAUGAAGCAUUUUCAAGCAUGAAAAUGUCAAAAUUAAGUCAAAUACAGGGUGACACAAAAAAAUAGGACCUUUUUUAGUAAUCCAAUAAACCCAAGAGUGAUGGAAGAAAAAUAUUUUAUUCAAAGUAAUUGAAACCUUAAAACGUGCCAUUUAAGAAACAAUGAUGGAAUGUUCAUGUUUUAAAAAUGACGUCCCGUAGAUGGCAUCGUCCUGUAUCAGCAUUCUUGAAAUCGGCUGAUUCCUCAUCGACCGCUACAACAUCUCAGCUGGGAUAUUGUGAAUUUCAUCCUGAAUUCUCAGUUUUAACUCAUUCUGAGUUGAGUCGUGUACACUUUACUCUUGAGAUAGCUCCACAAUCUAGGGGACCAGGGAAGAGUUACCGAAUCUUGAGAGGGUUACCGAACAAUUCUCGCACAGCCUCCAAUGGUUUGGCGUGCAGUGUGUGAUGCUGCUCCAUUCUGCUGAAACCAGGUUUCUUGAACGUGUGGAAAAUUGUUCCGUUCAGGUGUAAGGAAGAAUUGUAACAUCCACACGUAACGAUUCACAGCGACAGUGACUGAGAUCCCUUGUUCAUUUUCAAACAAAUAAGGUCUGAUGAUGCCAUGUAAUGAAACAGCAGACCAUACUGUCACCUUGCUAGCGUGUAAAGGGCACUCAUGAACUUCAUUAGGAUUUGUAUCUGCCCAGCAACGGUAGUUCUACUUAUUCACGUAACCUGUGAGAUCAAAAUGGGCUUGAUCGGACAUCCAUAGCUUGCUUAGCAAUUCAUCUUCAUUGUUUAUAUUGAUGGAACAGCACCAUGGCGUCCCAAGUUGUGAAAACGUAGGAACUCCCUCUGCGCAGCUGUCAAACGAUCACUGUUUUUAUAAAACAUUUUUAUGGCUAACGCACGCUGUCGCCCAUUCCACUUAUCCAUGGUUACUAAGAUGGGGGAGUGUUUACUUGCUCAAGGUCACUGUCUCGCAGUGCUUCCAAAGAUGUCGGGAUGAUAUGCAGUAGUCUGCACUGGUCACUAGGGGUCAGUAAUGUUGCAUGGAUGAGACAACGAGACAGCCACCGCAGGAAGUACUGUACGAAAUGACCAAGUAAAAGAACUUUCACAAUGUAAACAAAUGUGAGUCUAUAUUAUGUCUUAAAUGUCUUAUUUUCUUGUA